AGGAGCAGACCGCAGUCUCUGGGAGGGCUUCGGCAGACCGUUAGGCUGUUCACAUCACCUUCAGACAUGGCAAAGGAAGGGACUGAGAUUGCUGAAGAGACCGAGGAAAUGAUAGACCAGAAGGAGCCGGAUAAUCCCGUUUCUGCGGUUGUAGAUUCAAAAGAAAUGCGGGCUGUGCUGCUCACGGGCUUUGGUGGUCUAAACAAACUCAAAGUUACCAAGAAACCAAUGCCAGAGCCUCAAGAAGGAGAAGUCAAAAUUCGCGUGAAAGCAUGUGGACUGAACUUUCUUGAUUUAAUGGUGCGUCAAGGAAAUAUUGACAAUCCUCCAAAAACGCCUCUUGUGCCUGGAUUUGAGUGUUCUGGGAUUGUAGAGAGUGUUGGAGAAAACACCAAAGGUUUUGAGAUAGGUGACAGAGUGAUGGCUUUUGUAAACUACAAUGCUUGGGCAGAGGUGGUGUGCACACCGUUGGAUUUUGUGUAUAAGAUCCCAGACGACAUGACAUUCCCAGAGGCGGCUGCCUUCUCUAUGAACUUUGUGGCUGCCUACAUGAUGCUGUUUGAAGUGGCCAAUCUCCGGGAGGGGAUGUCUGUAUUAGUUCACUCAGCAGGAGGUGCAGUGGGUCAAGCAGUCGCUCAACUUUGUUCCACUGUCCCGAACGUCACUGUGUUUGGGACUGCCUCACCCUUCAAACACGAAGCCAUACAGCAUUCAGUCACUCAUCUGUUUGACAGAAACAUCGACUGCGUUCCAGAAGUUAAGAAGAUAUCUCCAGAUGGAGUAGAUAUUGUACUGGACUGUUUGUGUGGGGAGAACACAGGAAAAGGCCUAACUUUGCUCAAGCCCAUGGGAACGUACAUUCUCUAUGGUUCAUCAAACAUGGUGACAGGAGAAACAAAAAGUUUCUUCAGUUUUGCUAAAUCUUGGUGGCAGGUUGAGAAGGUGAAUCCUAUCAAACUCUAUGAGGAGAAUAAAGUCAUGGCUGGAUUCUCGCUCCUGAACCUCCUCUUCAAGCAGGGAGGGUGUAACCAAGUCAAGACAGCAGUGCAAAAACUUCUUUCACUUUACGACCAAAAGAAGAUCAAGCCUGUUGUUGAUUCCCUAUGGGCGCUUGAGGAGGUCAAGGAAGCCAUGCAGAGAAUCCAUGACAGAGGAAACAUAGGGAAGCUGAUUUUGGACGUGGAAAAGUCUCCCACGCCUUUGAUGGCCAACGACAGCACAGAGACCAGUGAAGCAGGUGAGGAGGAAGAGGAGCAAGAGGCAGACAAUGACAAGAAAGAGCGAAUGCCCUUCAUUCAGUGAAGCCAGACUCAACCAGAGACUAUCACGAACCUGAGCUGAGCUCCGUGUCAUGUGUGUGUGAUGUGUUCGGUCUGUUGUUUGUCUGUAUCUUUGCCAGUUUUGGUCAAUGCAGUCAAAAAUACCCCAAAACACUAAGUGUGUUGUUAAAUGUUUGACUGAAGUGCCAUUCUUAGUGCAGUGUUGAAUUGUUACAGUGUUUUAGACCAAAACGUUAUUGUAGGAUUGACUUUUCGUGGAAGCUUUUUGCAGCCUUUCGGAUGUUUUAUUUGUCCCCGUCAGUCAGUGGAUUGACAGAUGACUGCAGUCAACGUCCAAAAUUAACACUUGCCAAGAGACAAAUGGAAGUCAAAAUUGGUUUUGGCAAGUAAAUUAAACGCAGCAGUGGCUGGAAACUCUAUAAGGAACUGCAAGUAGGAUAUAUAAGUAACUUUAAGUCUUCAGAUGUCUUUUAAUGACUUUUACCUCAAGUGGGCAAUUUACCAUCAAACGUUUAUCAAUUAAAAGUGUUUUGUUUCUCCAGAAC